CUAUGGAUAUCCACCCAGUAAAGUUCAGAAGCUUUAAAGUCUAAACCAUCCAAAAUCCAAGCCUCUGGUUAUGCUUUCGGGACGAGGGUCUUAGACUUACCUCCUUAUUUAUCUCUUCUAUCCGGCUUUGAGGCUUGUAACUAUUAUUACCUAUAAUGUGUACCAUUUGGCCAUAGCCGUGUUUCGCUUUCGCCGUUCCUAAAUCCUAAGUUUCUUCCUCCUUUCGAAGAGAUUGUACGGUUGUUCGAUUUCCUAGAGUUAUGACAGAUCCUCGAAAUAAACGAAUCGCGCGUACACAGGAUGCUUCCCUACAUCAAUAAACCGUUUGAGUUCCUGUCUGGGGUCGUUGGAGCUUCCCCUGAUGAGCUCAAGCUCAUUUUCUCCUUUUUCAUAUCGUAUCCGCUCGCCGGCCUCUUAAAACGUGUCCCAGACGCUCGUCCCGAAUACAAAAAUGCAUUUGUGAUCAGUGGUGGCCUCUUCUACUUAGUAGGCCUAUACUCCCUAUGGGCCGGCGUCAGAACCCUCUUCAUCUCCUCCGCCGUCACCUACGGCCUCGCCCACUACCUACGAACGUCCGCAUACAUGCCAUGGAUCGCCUUCGUCUUCCUCAUGGGCCACAUGGCCGCAAACCAACUCACACGACAAUUCGCCGAUAACCCAGCCGAGAUCGAUAUCACAGGCGCCCAGAUGGUUCUCGUCAUGAAGCUAUCCGCCUUCGCGUGGAACGUGGCGGACGGCACCCUGCCCGAGGACCAGCUCAGCGAUUUUCAGAAGUCGAGGAGGAUACUCAAGCUACCUAGCCUGCUAGACUACGCGGGAUACGUGCUGUUCUUCCCGUCCUUGCUGACCGGCCCAGCGUUCGAUUAUAACGAGUACCGCGGAUGGCUCGACUGCACUAUGUUCGACGUCCCGGCGACCAUCGACCCCGCCAAGAAGCCGCCGACUAGGAAGAAGCGCAAGAUACCGAGGAGCGCCACGCCCGCCAUGUGGAAGCUCGCGAGUGGCUGUAUCUGGGUAUACCUGUUCUUGAACCUGAUCAAGUACUACAGCCACGAGGUGCUGCUCGACGACAAAUUCAUGUCGCUAGGGUUCGUGCGCCGCGUCUUCAUCAUGCACAUGGUCGGGUUCACGGCGCGGACCAAGUACUACGGCGUGUGGUCGAUGGCGGAGGGUUCGUGCAUCCUCGCCGGCCUGGGGUACAACGGCGUCGACCCGGUCACCGGCAAGAUCUCCUGGGACCGCCUCCAGAAUAUCAACCCCUGGGGCGUCGAGACCGCGCAGAACAGCCGCGCUUACCUCGGCAACUGGAACAUGAACACGAAUAAGUGGCUGAGAUACUACGUUUACCUACGUGUGACACCGCGCAACAGGAAGCCCGGGUUCCGCGCUAGCAUGGCGACGUUCGUGACGAGCGCUUUCUGGCAUGGGUUUUAUCCUGGGUAUUACAUGUCUUUUGUGCUUGCGAGUUUCGUGCAGCAGGCUGCGAAGAAUUACCGCCGCACAAUCCGCCCCUUCUUCCUCGACCCCGUAACCCAAAAACCGCUCCCGAGCAAAAAAUACUACGACAUCGCAUCCUGGCUCGCGACACAAACAACCUUCUCCUUCGUCGUCGCCCCCUUCGUCAUCCUCCGCCUCGACCAGAGCCUGCUCGCGUGGCGCCACGUCUACUUCUACGCCAUCCUCACCACCGGCGCUAGCAUGGCCGUUUUCGCUUCCCCCGCGAAGAAACACCUCAGAGCGGUGCUCGAGAAACGCACGAAGGAUGCCGGCGCGAAGAUGGUCAGGAGCGCUAGCACGGAUAGUGUUACGGGUAGGGGACGGGAGCCCGUGUUGGGUGUUAGCGAGGAUCCCGGGCGCGAUAUCGAUGAGGCGAUUCAGGAAUUUCGCAUUGAGGUUGAGAGGGCGCGGACGGGGACUUUGGAGGUGGGGGUUAGGGGGAGGGCUGGGGCGAGGAAGGGGGAGUGAGUGUAGGUAGUGGUGUGAUUGUGGAGGGGAAUUGGGGGGUUGGAUGUAAUGAGGUCUUAUCUGAGACAUGAGGUUGGUGGCUUGGUGGCUUGGAUUAAGUAAUACGGUGUAGAUAAGAUGAGAUAGAUGAGAAAUUCGAGAAGUAUUCGUAUGACAUGAGGUGAUAUGGAGCGGUGCUCUGGGUUGAUGGGAAUGUGAGGUCGGUUAUAUGUGUCUGGGUAUCGAAGUGCUUUGGGAGGGAGUAUGGUGAUGGUAAGGAGGAGACCGAUGGCCGGUGGUGAAACUUCCGGUCGAUAUUCUACCUAGAAGAAACGACUUUCUGCCCAUGUUCUAUAUAAGUACAUAGAUGUGAUAUAAAAUAAUAAGGACAGGAAAUAUCAUAUCAUAUA